AUGACAAGCUCCAUUGGCGAUGUCCAACUGCCGAGAAUGGUAUACAAGAACCUUGGAAGCUCGGGUCUGAGGGUAUCCCAAGUCAUAGUAGGAGCCAUGAGCUAUGGCUCGCCGGACUGGCAGGCCUGGCAUGCGUAUGAUUGUGGCAUCAACACAUGGGAUACUGCUGACGUCUACUCAAAUGGCCAGUCAGAAAGAAUCAUUGGCAAGGCAAUUGAAAAAUAUAGCAUUCCUCGCUCGAGCCUUGUCAUCUUAUCGAAAUGCUACUUUGGAGUUUCGGAAGACGGAGCGCAACAAAGUAUCGCAGCCGCAAGUUUGAACGACGGGAUCGCAGUCAACCAAGUCGGAUUAUCUCGCAAACACAUAUUUGAUGCGGUAGAAGCCAGUACAAAGCGUCUGGGUACAUACAUCGAUGUUCUUCAAAUCCACCGCUUGGAUCGAAGUGUGCCGAAGAAGGAGAUCAUGCGUGCGUUGAAUGAUGUUGUUGAGAAGGGUUGGGUGAGAUAUAUCGGAGCCUCCUCGAUGGCAACAUGGGAAUUUCAAGAACUCCAAUGGAUCGCAAAGACGAAUGGCUGGCAUGAGUUCAUCUCCAUGCAAAACUACCACAAUCUGCUAUACCGGGAAGAAGAGCGAGAGAUGAUCCCUUACUGCAAGUCGACUGGCAUUGGCCUCAUCCCCUGGUCACCAGUCUCUCGCGGUGUCUUGUGUCGACCAUGGGACGAGCGGACCACUAAACGGGAAUCUUCAGACAACUUCMUCCAGCGUUCCAUCAGAUCCCGCGAGUCGGAGGCCGACAAGGCUAUCGUCGGCAGAGUAGAAGAGAUUGCAAAGAAAUAUGGUGUGAGUAUGACCUGUGUUGCCACGGCAUGGUCAAUACGGAAGGGCUGCUCUCCCAUUAUCGGCUUGAAUAGUAAGGAGAGGAUCGAGGAGGCAGUACAGAAUGCGAAUUUCGUGCUCAGUGAGGAGGACGCGAAAUAUUUGGAAGAGCCAUAUCUUCCCAAGACAGUUCAGGGUCAUUAA